AAAUGGGCACAUUACACAGCCGCGGCGAUUUUUCAACAUCGGCGGCGGCGGCGCGCCGACAGUUUUGGUACGGCGGCGACGGCGAGGCCCCGACCUCCGGCGGCGGCGCUUCGGCGCGGCGGCGCACACCUCUAGGUACAGCACAGGGGGGCCAGAAAGCCGCCAUUUUUGUAACUACCCCCAAGCGGUCGCUUUCCGCAAAAUCGCCAUCUUGUCGUGUUCAACGUCACGGAACUAUCGCCCAAUCACAUCUCGGCUUGGCUUGUUUUCUUUAUUAUGUUUUGUUUCUCCGUCUCAGCUGAUCCGUGUCAUCUGCUUCGCCGCUUUCGACGUCCGCUUUGACUUCGCGUGUUUGGCUAUUGAAUUGCUGUUUGCUUGCCACACAUGCCACUUCUGUGACAGGCCAUGGUAGUGUGUUGUUAUUCCGGUUGCGCUAAUCGUUCAGAGUUUGCAAGUAAAGAAUCUGGCAUAACGUACCACCACUUUCCCCGAGACGAGUCCUUACGAUUGCAAUGGGUGAAUGCGAUCGGGAGACCGGAUUGGGUGCCAACGAAGUACAGCCGAGUGUGCUCAAAACACUUCAGGAACGAGGACUUCGACAGAACGUCGCUAACACGCGUGCGCCUGCGGGAGGGUUCCGUUCCUGUCGCACAUCCGUCGGUUCAAGUUCACCAGGAGGAGCAUGACUUGCCAGCCAGACGGGAACCUAGCGGGCAAGAACCAAUAGGCGUGUGCACGCCUGAACCCGGCACACAAGAGCAAAUUAACGUGAGCCUGCCUGAGCCUGACACACAGGAGGAGAUUGAAGUGAGCAUGGCGUCUGGAUCUGACACUCAAGAGCCAAUGGAUGUGGGCCUGCUCGAACCAAAGACACCAGAGCGAAUCCAUGUAGACAGAACUACAAGCACACCUCUUGUGUCUGCUGUGGGAAUCAACAGCUCAGGCUUCACUACUAAGCCACCUACCACAACUUCAAUGUGA